CUUUAGCAGGCAGUUAUAGCUUGUGUCUUCAGUAGUGUUUUUGCUCUGUUUUAAUGAGAGGUUUUACCUUUAGGUGGGUGUGUUAGGGCUCAUAUGCUGGAUGUGAAUAUAUGGUGAAGUCUUUCACUCUCUCUUACCAUAGUAUCUCAUCUUAGUUUCCUUUGAAUCUCUCUCUCUCUUGCUCACACUGUGUGUGCAUACUCAUGGGGGAUUGGAGUUCGUUGGGGAAGUUGUUGGAGAGCGCUCAGGAGCACUCCACCGUGGUGGGAAAGGUCUGGCUGUCUGUGCUCUUCAUCUUCAGGAUCCUGGUUCUAGGAGCAGCAGCAGAGAAAGUCUGGGGUGAUGAGCAGUCAGGGUUCACGUGCGACACCAAGCAGCCCGGUUGUCAGAACGUCUGCUAUGACCGCACUUUUCCCAUCUCGCACAUCCGCUUCUGGGUCAUGCAGAUCAUCUUCGUGUCUGUUCCCACCCUAAUAUACCUGGGACACAUCCUGCACCUGCUACGCAUGGAGGACAAGCAUAAGCGCCUGGAUCAGGAAGGCACUGGGAAAGCAGCGAAGGUCCCAGCGACAAUUCGGGAUGAACAGGGGAAGAUCAGGCUGCAGGGGGCACUGCUUCGUACUUAUGUGCUCAAUGUUAUUUUCAAAACACUUCUGGAGGUGGGAUUUCUGGUGGCGCAAUACUUCUUGUACGGCUUCGAGCUCAAGCCCAUGUACACAUGCAGCAGCUGGCCGUGUCCCAAUACUGUAAACUGCUACAUCUCCCGCCCUACAGAGAAAACUAUCUUCAUCCUGUUCAUGCUAGCUGUAGCAUGCGUGUCACUUCUCCUCAAUUUAGUGGAGAUGUACCACCUUGGCUUCACCAAGUGUCGCCAGGGUCUCCGUUAUCGCCAUUCGCUCUCUGAAUCUUCCUCCAAAACACCUAGUGAGGAAGCUGUCAUUCCAUUUGUUGCCAGUUACCCCUAUUUCCCUGCUCAUGCCCCACCCCCUGAGCAUCAGUACAAACUCCCAGACAAUGACGGCUCAUUUCCUGCAUACUCCAGUCGCUCCGCCCAUAAACAGAACAACGAUAACCUUGCUGUUGAGCGCAUCACCACGGAGACCAAACCUGACCCUGUGGAAACCAAACCUGAUGAAACCAGGGUGAAGAAAACCUCAACCUCCGCCCCUGGAUCACCCUAUUUUCAGCGCAGGCCAAGCUAUGCUAGUCGCUAUAGCAACAACAAGAGCAGAUUGGAUGAUCUAAAGAUAUGAGAUACCUGUUUGUAUCUAAUCAACACCAGAAUUUCCUACAAUAAUUAGUCACCAGCUUUCAGCUUAGAGCUAACGUGACACGAGGGUAGUGUUACAGAAUUAGCCUUUUCAGAGUUUUUCAGAGAUGAAUGCGUGUUUUGAAGGAUGAAAUGACAGCAGUAAAACUAGUAGAAACUCAAAAGUGUAUGAUAAGAUGGGAAGAGAAACAGAAAGAGAGGCAAACUGGACUUAACUGACACGAUGGAGUUCCUCCCAAUGAUUCGGGGCCACAGCAUUUACCUUACUGCUCAUUUAAAAACUGUAGCUUGUGUCGCUGUUUACUACCAUUUAAUACAAUAUAUAAGCAUUAGACAUGUUUUUGUUCACCAGCAUCUGGACUGGCCAUCUCCGACCCUACCAGGACUUUAUACAGUGCUAAUAUUGUAGCACUAGUGUUUGCACUACUUUUUAAAAACGCUUUCACAACACCUAGCAUCCCAAUAUGAGACGUUCGGCUAGUGAAAAAGCAAUAUUAAUCCUUCUAAUAAACUGACCUUAGCCCUGCUGCUAUUCUACUACCUGAUUUUACACCGUUAUUGUGCUAGCAUUAGUGUUUGUUCUAUACUGAUAAUUUACAAGCAUUUCUUACAGUUUUAAGUACUUAAGCGUUUAAGAACUAAACCUCCCAAUCUUAUUGCUGGUUUAAAAGAAAUAUUUUAGAUGGGUAUUAUACAGCCAAUAGCCUUUUAUUUACUAGCAUUAUUAGUUUUAUUUUAUAGGAACCAGAACCUUCUGGUUUUCUGGUUUCCUAUUACUAGUAUUAACCAUAACAUUGUUUAAUUAACUUUAAUGUUUGAUCAUUUAACAUGUAAUUUGCUUGUUGGUGGUUUAUUCAUGGUUGAAUGUAAAUCAAAUCUUAAUGAAUUGCCAAAAGUUUAUUACUGUGUUCUUACUAUGUUUUUACUGUGUAUUGCCAUGGUAACUGCAGUCUGAGCCAACCUUUUUCU